UCUCUCUGAUCUCGAUCUCAAUCUCUUGUGUUGGUCGACUUCAGUUUCUCAGAUUUCUUCUGUUCUCCGGUUUCUGGUAAGUUGGAUUGGAUUUUUAUUGAAAUUCUGGGUUGUUUUUGAUCAGAUUAAUUCUGUCUCGAUUGAGUGAUGGGGGUUUCGGUGGGAGAGUGGAUAUUCGGGGAUUUGAUUGGGAAGGGUGGGUUCGGCAGUGUGUAUAGGGGCUACCCGCUCAAGUAUGACAAUGGGUCUCCGCCUAUCAUGGCUGUUAAGGUUGCCGAGGCCUCGGAUCCUUCGAAGGUUGAUGCUUUGUUGGAUGAGGCCAAGCUCCUCUCUCUCUUCGAUGACUGCCCUUUUGUCAUCAAUUCUUAUGGCCAUGAGUGGACUUGCAAGCCUCCUCACAAUUCCAUCUCUUUGACUUUGCUGUUGGAGUUUGCCGCCGGUGGCACCAUUAGAGAUAGGAUCGAGUCCGGACGCCUGUCCGAUUCUGAGAUCAAGUUGUUCACCAAGUCCCUGCUUAGUGGUCUCCACUGCAUUCAUGACAAAGGUUUUGUGCAUUGCGAUAUCAAGCCCGACAACAUUCUUCUUGUCAUUGACGUGACUUCUCCUGUCAAUUUCGUGGCGAAAAUAGCAGACUUUGGAUUGACCAAGGGUGCACAGUACCUGCAUUCUUGCCAAGGGACCGCUAGGUAUUUGCCUCCUGAGACACUUCUUAGAAACAUUCAGGGGAAGCCGUCCGACAUUUGGGCUGUAGGGUGUGUGGUUCUUGAGAUGUUGACUGGAAACUUGUGGACUUGCAAGACAAGUGGGGACCUAGACACUUGGGCUUCCAAUCCGAUUAUUCCUUCCCACUUGUCCGACGAUGCCAAGGAUUUUUUGGCAAAGUGUCUGGAUAUAGAUGCCUCUAAGAGACCCACGGCCGAGGAACUCUUGACUCACCCAUUUCUUAAGACUAUGCCUAGUGUUGAACAAGUAGUCAGUGUGCCCACAUUGUCGCAGUCUCAGCAUUGUGAACAUAUGCUGCCUAGUUUUAUACCAUUAGGGGACUCUAGCUCCCAAGAGUCACAAAAGAGCAGAGAGGGUUCUGGUUUGCUCGGUGAUAGCAUUUUCCCUUUGGCACUCAUGUUAAGACCUGCACGACCUGUGGUCGCAGACACAUGGUGCAGAGAGCAAACAAAUUUUGCUGUGAUGGGCGCUGCGUAAUAUUAAAGAGUUUUUUGGGAAUUUGUGGGGUGAAAAGCGUAUCAGGGACUCCUAAUCAUCUUAUUGUCACAGUGUCAGGAUCUUUUGGCUCGACUCUUUUGGUCUGUAUUACAUAUCAGGCUGGGACUCUAAGUGACCUCAAUAAACUCCUGAAUAUUGAGUUUUUGGGAAUGCAGCUGCAUUAGACCAAUUUUUCAAGUCGAAACCACCUACUCCAUCUGACUAGGUUCUGUCCAUUGGGAAUUCACUUUCCUCAACUGGUUAUAUUGAAGAUUCUCUGUGUUAGCGUCUUAGGAUGAAAAAUAUUAUUAUUAUCUAAAAAAUCAAAAAGCAAAAAAAAAAAAAAAAAAUUCCC